AUGUUUCGUGUUCUAUGCUUACUAGGAUUCGCGUGGAGCGUCCGCUCCGCGUCGGCCCCCUUCAUAACGCCAUGCAAGAACGGCGACUCGGCGUGCUUGCUGUCUUCGGCAAAAGCGGCGAUGCCUUACUUCAUUUCCGGAGUCCCUGAACUCGGAAUCAGACCGAUGGACCCGAUGCGCAUAGAUCUGAUCAAGAGCGAGCAAGGAGGCCUCAACUUGGUCUUCAAGGACACCGUCAUGACUGGCCUCAAGAGUUGCGUCUUCCAAAACAUCAAAAUGGACGCCGUUAAGAUGAAGCAAUCUAUAACAGUGAAGUGUAAUUUGGUGCUGAAGGGUGACUACAAAUUGUCCGGACAACUGCUCAUCUUGCCCGUGCAGGGAGAUGGCAAAUACACCAUUGAUAUACGAGACAUAGUGAUCAAAGUAUCGGGCGAGCUGAGCAAUGUGACCGGGCCGGACGGCAAGACUCAUUGGCACAUCGCCAAGUGGAAGGACUCCUACAACGUUCUGACGGGAACCACCUUCGCCUUCCAAAACUUGUUCAAUGGCAACAAAAUCUUAGCGGCUCCCGUGGUCGAGUUCGCGAACAGCAACUGGAAAGACGUCAUGCAGGAAAUCGCACCUCCCAUCGUCAAGGCCAUCAUAGCCCAAAUAAUAGACGGAGUUGAAGCUCUGUACAAAGCGGUGCCGGCCGAAGAAUUAGCUCUCGCCUAA